AUGCCAGCCCUGCGCCAGCAUCUCCCCGCCACGUCGGCCGCCUUUCCAUUUCAGCGCAACCAGGCCGCCUACACAGCUGAGAAGUACUUGGAGGUCUGCGGGGCUGCCGCCAGCGCGCCUACCGCCCCAGACGACUAUCCGACCCGCCCGGCUGAGUUCGCCUUCUACCCGGGCUACGCGGGGCCUUACCAGUCCAUGACCAGUUACCUGGACGUUUCUGUGGUUCAGACCCUCGGGGGACCUCCGGGCGACUCCAGGCACGAAGCCCUCCUGCCCGUCGACCCUUACCACGACUCCUGGGCUUUGGCCGGGGGCUGGAACAACCAGGUGUGCUGCCCCAAGGAGCCCAACUCCGCGGGGCCCUUUUGGAAAACUGCCUUUACAGCCGCCGCAAGCCAGCCGCCCCCCGAGAGCUGUACCUUCCGGCGCGGCCGUAAGAAGCGAAUCCCGUACAGCAAAGGGCAGUUGAAAGAGCUGGAGAAGGAAUACUCCAACAGCAAAUUCAUCACCAAGGACAAGAGGAGGAAGAUUUCCGUCGCCACCAACCUCACCGAGAGACAGAUCACCAUCUGGUUUCAGAACCGGAGGGUGAAGGAGAAGAAGGUGGCGGCCAAGGUCAAAAGCGCCGCCGCCAGCAGUAGCGGUAGCGGUGGCACCCCUUGA